UAAGCAUGGAGCGAGUUGUUGCCCUGGUCGACAUGGACUGUUUCUAUGUCCAGGUAGAACAGCGACUAAAGCCGGAGACCAAGGGUCUUCCCUGUGCCGUGGUGCAGUAUAAGAAAUGGAGAGGAGGAGGGAUAAUAGCCGUUGGGUACGAGGCGCGGGCUAAGGGAGUAACCAGGAACAUGAUGGGAGAUGAUGCCAAGGCAAAGUGUCCAAACAUCCACUUCUUCCGAGUCCCCGAAGUCCGAGGCAAGGCCGAUCUCACCAAAUUCCGGGAAGCAGGGGCUGAGGUGAUAGCUGUACUGAGUAAGUUCAGUGACUGUGUGGAGAGAGCCAGUAUUGAUGAGGCUUACAUUGACCUGACCGAGGAAGUCAAGAAGCGAAUGGACACCCUGGACAGUGAUAAUGUGUCCCCAGAGCAGCUCCCCAACACAUUUAUUGUGGGCUGGGGGGACAACAAAGAUGGAAGUAAAAGAGGUCAGGGAGUCAGUGAUUGGAUACAGCUGUUGCCAAGCAACAACAGUGGUGACAAUGCAGACCAGAAGCUGCUUAUUGGAGCAGUCAUUGCAGAGGAAAUGCGAGCUGCAGUUUACAAGGAAACUGGCUUCAGAUGUUCUGCAGGAAUAGCUCAUAAUAAAAUGUUGGCUAAGCUGGCCUGUGGAAUUCAUAAACCAAACAAGCAGACGAUACUCCCCCACAGUUCUGUACAGCAGCUGUUUGAUGGCUUACCCCUCACCAAAAUUCGGAACCUGGGUGGUAAGCUGGGUCAUUCAGUGAUGGAACAACUGGCCAUUGAGAACAUGGGAGAGUUGUGUCAGUUUGAGCUGCAUACCUUACAGCAGAAAUUUGGAGAAAAGACUGGGUCCUGGUUGUAUGAGAUUUGCCGUGGCAUAGAACACGAGCCAGUGUCUGCCAGACAGUUAGCCAAGUCCAUAGGGUGCAGUAAAAAUUUCCCAGGCAAAACAUGUCUAGACACAAAGGAAAAGGUAAAAUUCUGGUUGCUGGAGCUAUCUAAAGAAGUGGCAGAAAGGUUAAUUAAGGAUAAAGAAAUGAACAGUCGCAUUGCCCGGUCCAUGACUGUGAGUGUUCGCUACCUGAGUAACCCAUCACCAGUUGUAGCAAGCAGAGCCUGUGCAGUAACAAAAUAUGAUGCAGAGAAAUUUGCCAAUGAUGCAUAUUCUCUGAUCCUAAAACUGAACAAUGCACCAGCUCACCAGGCAGCCUGGUCACCCCCUAUACUAUGCCUUGGAGUAUCAGCCACCAAAUUUCAGGAUGAGAGUAACAACCAAUCAACACUGAGUCUGUCCUCCUUCAAGGGGCAGAAGACAGCUAGCCAUGAAUCAGCUAGUCUGUCACAAUCCACUCCAAGUCAGCAAACAAAAUUACCAGCAAAGACCAUCGCCAGCUUCUUCCGGAAAGAGAAGGACUGCAAGGAUCAGCAAAAUAAAGAUCACAAAGGAAAUUGUUCUCUGCAAGAUAAAGUGGGUUCCUUAAGUUGCAAAGACAGUGGUUUGACUGACAAUGAAGAUGAAGAUGAUGAGUCUAAAAGAUUUAUUACUGAUACAUUAAACUUGGCUUCAGAUUCUCCAAAAACAGGAGAUAAGAUGGACCAAGGAAAUGGAUUUUUUGCCAUGAAGAAAAUUGAAAAAGGAUCAUGUCAGAAUAGUUCUAAAGAAUCAUCGAUACUAGAUGCUCAGAAACAGAGAGAAAGGACAUUUUAUCCUAAAGAAGAAUUAGAACCAGGUACACUUGUUUGGAACUCUUCUAAGGAGGACAUGUCUUCCCAGAAUUCAGUGGAUCCUGAUUUUCUAGCAGCACUUCCUAUAGAGCUAAGGGAAGAAGUUCUGAGUCAAAUGAGCUGUGUUUCUACAUCCAAGGGUAAUCAAACCAUUGGUCAUGAAGAACAAAAACAGAAAGACAAAACGAGCAUGGAGAUGUACCUCAGUAAACAUGAGGAUCAACAUACGUCUGAUACUUCUACUAGCCAACAAAGUUUUGUUACAUGUAGUAAGUGCAAUAAACACGUUGAAGAAAAUGUGAUUACAGAACACAUGGAUUUUCAUUUUGCAAAGCAGCUGCAGAAAGAGCUUACGUGGACUUCUGAUAAAAACAGUGGUCAAAAUGAAAAGAAUUCUGGACAAAGGAAGAGAUCGUUAGGAGACAGAGGACUGUCACCAAAGAAGGCAACCAAGAAAAUUAAGAACAAUGCAGGAAAAACACAGACAAUAUCACAUUUCUUCAAUAAAAAUCAAUCAUGA